UCUUACUGUACUGGUCCUCCUCACUCUUCUUCCUCGUCGGUGCGCUUGCCAUGUUUGCGGAAGCUUGGUUGCAGCAGCUAGCUGGCCCCAUACUUUGGCUGGACGCUUCUACAUUUGUAUGUUGUAGCUGUGUUUUAUAAUCCAACAUGAAUCUACCAAAGGGACCAGAUUCUCUGUGCUUCGACAAGGAUGUUUUUAUGAAGGAUGACUUUGACGUUGACCAGUUUGUGUCGGGGUGUCGGAAGCAGGUCCAGCUGGAGGAGAUGAGGGAGGACCUGGAGCUCUACUACAAGCUGCUGAAAACGGCCAUGGUGGAGCUCAUCAACAAGGACUAUGCCGACUUUGUUAACCUCUCCACCAACCUGGUGGGGAUGGACAAAGCCCUCAAUCAGCUGUCUGUGCCAUUGGGACAGUUACGAGAGGAGGUUAUGAGUCUGCGGUCCUGUGUGAGUGAGGUGAUUCAGGCAAUAGACAACCAGCUAACCAAACAGGAAGAUCUGCAGAAAAAAAAGGUGUGUGUAUUGAGGCUGAUUCAGGUGGUGAGUUCAGUGGAGAAGAUUGAGAAGAUCCUCCACUCACAGAGCUCCAAGGAAUCCAGCUCUCUGGAAAUCAGCAGUCCCUUGUUAGCAGGUCAGAUCCUGGAGAGGAUUGCUACAGAAUUCAACCAGCUGCAGUUCCAUGCUGUACAGAGCAAAGGCAUGCCCCUACUGGACAAAGUCAGACCUCGUAUCGCAGGGAUCACCUCCAUGCUGCAGCAAUCUCUGGAGGGCGUGCUGAUUGAGGGGCUGCAAACAUCCAAUGUGGACAUGGUGCGUCACUGCCUGAGGACGUAUGCCACCAUAGACAAGACUCGAGAUGCUGAGGCCCUGGUAGGACAGGUGCUCGUCAAGCCAUACAUGGACCAGGUAAUAGUAGCAGAGGUGGUGAAGUCCAGUCCGAAUGGUCUCCAGUUGAUGUACUCUAGACUGUUGGAGUUUGUUCCUCAUCACUGUAGACUGCUUAGAGAGGUGACUGGAGGAGCCAUAUCCAGUGACAAAGCUGACGCUGUGCCAGGUUAUGAUUUUCUGGUGAACUCUGUGUGGCCAGAGAUAAUCAAAGGGAUCGAGGAGAGGUUGGCCUACCUCUUCAACCCUGGAAACCCUGACAUAUUCUAUGAGCGUUACAGCGCAAGUAUGGAGUUUGUGCGAAGGUUUGAGCGUCAGUGCAGCUCGCAGGCCAGUGUGAAGAGACUGAGAGUACAUCCAUCAUAUACCAGCUUCCACAACAAAUGGAACCUGCCUGUCUACUUUCAGCUACGGUACAAGGAAAUAGCCGGAAGUCUAGAGAACGCCAUCAGUGAUGGACUAGAGGCAGCACCAGCUGGCAGUGCAUACCACCUGCAGGUAUCUGAGGUGUUGUGGUCCUGCCUAAUGAGAUGUUGGUCAGACAAAGUCUACCUGUCACCUCUGGCCCAUCGCUUCUGGAAGCUUACGCUGCAGCUCUACGCACGAUAUGCCAAGUUUCUUGACGAGGUGUUGACAAAGAGUCCAACCCCUGAGGUGAUUAAAGAGCCAACCAGGCCUCUGCCGAGCUCAGCCUCCUCCACUUCCAGCCGAACGUCAGUGGAUGAGGGCGGCAGUGAGAGUGGGAGUCCAGCCUCCCUGUCCACCAAACAGCUGGUCUACAUCGCAGCUGACAUUCAAAAGCUUCAGGAGCAGAUAUCAGAGGUGUCAGAGAUGGUCAGACAGCGGUUAGAAGCCAUCGGAUUCAAAAACUUUGCUAUUGUGGAAGAUGCUCUAACAGACUCCAAGACUUGUCUGUCAAGUAGCAUUCCCACUCUGAACACCAGGAUGACCCAGCAUCUGACUGAACGCAGUUGCCGCUUCCUGAAGAGUGCCUCCGAGGUUCCACGACUCUACCGCAGGACUAAUAAGGAUCUGCCAGUGCGUGCGUCCGCCUACAUGGACAAUGCCUUACGCCCGUUACAUCAGUUACUGACCGACUCUACGGGGCUGGUCACCCCCAUUACAGCACAAGAGUGGCUGCGAGUUGCACUGUCUGACUGCACACAGAGGUACUAUGAGACCAUCUCAGAGGUGCUGAGCUCAGUGAGAAAGAUGGAGGAGAGUCUGAAGCGAUUAAAACAAGCCAGAAAAGGUGCGAGCACAACUACCACAGCGGGAGCAAACGGUGGACCUACAGACGACGGCAAGAUCCGACUGCAACUGGCACUGGAUGUGGAAUACCUGGGGGAACAGAUCCAGAAGAUGGGUCUUCAGCCCAGUGACAUCUCCAUGUUCUCCACUCUGAUGGACCUGGUAAGAGAGGCCCGAGAGCUCGCUGAACACACCUAGUAAAAAGUUGACUCCAUAGUAAGUGAAACCUAUUAACAUGCUGCUUUGCCUGAGGACUUGUGAAGGAAUAAAACACAUGUGUACCAGUCCGGGCCAAAGUCAUGGUCUGGUAACAGUUUAUGAUGAUCAGACCACGAAGAAUGUAACAAGAACUGACACUACUGAAAUUCCUUUGUACAAAAACAUCUCCAUCUAAGGCAGACUUUAAAGUCACAGUGCACAAACAUUUCAACGACAGGAACCUGCCAGAGUUGCGUCUGAUCUGAACUGUAAAUUGUUGUUGCAAACUACUGUCUGUAGGUGAGCCUGGAUCACCAUUGGUUCGGGGGUGAAUAAAAGGGACUGCAUUGUACUAUGUUCAUGAAAAGUUUUUCACAAAAUGAUUGAUGCUGGUGAUAUGCAGAAAAUGAUUGCGUUGGUCAUUAUACAUUGGGCUAAAUGUUGUAAAACAAGCGUCUCAAAUCUAAGUUGAGAAGAAACAAUGUCAAUCAAACAAUAUUUGGUUACACUUUACUUGAAGGUAUCUACAUAAGAGUGACAUGACAUUGUCAUGAACGUGUCAUAAACGUUUAU